AUGGACUGUUCUCCAUCAAAGCUUAGAAGACUUGUUUCUGAUGAGGAGGUCGAAUUUGAUGCUGAUAUCGCUGGGCCGGGAGUACUAGCUGCUUUCCUCAUCACGUCGUUGAUAGCAUUAGCUACUCUAAUUCUCGCUUUUCUUACGCUUUCAGUACCCGAGUGUCUUCUCAACUCUGGAGACGCCGUAAUCGCGGCUGGGGCGCGUCGGACUUACCGCCGACUGAGGGCCAAGUUCCCCAAGACCAAACGCACAAAGGUUGUCGAAAGCAGAACCGAGCAAACUCAUGCCUUCAUGUCUUUCAUGAUUGCUAUAAGUGAUCAAAUACUUGUCUCUCAGGCCUCGAUCCUUAUUGCAGCUCUCAUUAUUCACGACGACAUCACCAUUUAUUCCACCAACAUUGUGAUCGCCUUAGGAUGUCUCGCAUCAACCGUUCAUUUAGGUAGUUUCCCGUUCUAUAUAGACCGAAUCAAAGACCAUAGCUCCGCCAAGCUUAUUCGUGUCCUCGCCAUGGUCGCCGGCUCAGGGAUGCUCGUCUUUCUGCUCGUUGUUCAACUAUCAUAUACCUGGAAUAUGGAGACUCACGUCUACUUUAUUUGCACCCUUCGGGACUAUCGGAUGAGUGAUGACAUGGUAGUGAUGGACUAUAUCGACUUCAUCGUGCAGAUAUUUGUUCCACUAGCUGUGCUUUAUGCCACGUAUGAGAUUGUUCAGCUAUUGUAUCGCGAUCAGCCACUAGAUGACAACACUAAUGGACCAUGUUCCAGGGGUCAGCCCCCUGUUACACGACAGAAUCGAUCAGACCUCUAUCCUCGGCAACUCCCAGACGAUGAGGGUAUCGAACUUCAAAGGCUGAUGAGGUUAGAAGACCAAGCUAACCCAGAGAACCAUCGAGAUUUUACCGAUAUAGAAUUCGAAAGUCAGGCGAUCGUUUCCAUUUUGCAGCUGAUCUCAGGUAGUAACAUAGAGAUGACGACAGACAACGAGACGGACUAUCAACAUCAAAGAUCCAUUCUGUUGAAGCCAAGGGCCGAAAAUACUCGACUCAAAGAACUGCUGGAAGAAAUCAAAGAGUACAAGAGGGAGCCACUCCUGAACAAAUGGCUGAAGCUCAAAGCUUUCACAAUCUUGACGUCGAAUACAGUAUCAACAAGAAAGCUUAGACUCCUUGUCAGAUCGACCGCUGAAACAUGGGCAUUCCACCAAUGUCGCGGAUCUUUCGCCUGGAGAUUAUGUUGGCUCUGGUCAGAUUAUAAGCAGAAGCUUAAGGCUAUUGAGAAAGCUAAUGUUGGUGAAGCGAAUUCCGACAUGCGAGUUACUAGGAGCACACAGUCACAGUCAAGAGGUCAAUCCCCUGCGCAGAGACAAAACAUGCCCGCAGAGAUAGACAUUGCAAGUAUCCAGGCCGUACAAGAUAUCCUCAAAAAGCGGUCUAAGGAUAUCGGAUACCCGGAGCUUUACACUUGGGUAAAUGGAGGCGAUUUGACCAGCGCACCGAGUCUCCAGAUGGGUGUUGCGGUUCAUGCAGCAGUCAUGUUUACCAUCUCAACUCUACUCGGCUUUUCGAUGGCUUAUGGCAUAGCCAAUAUCAAUAUUACAUUGAUCGUGCUUCUAUCUGUCCUUGCCGCUCGCAGGCUGAUAGGUCUAUUGGUUAUUCAAUCGGAGAUGAGAUCAUGCCCCACGAUCCUCGAUCAUCUCGGUUGCACAUUUCACUUAUCUGACCAACAAUUGGGAAGCCACGCUGAGAGGAUGGUAAUAGGGCAGGCGGCCGGAGAUGCUGGAGAGAAUUUAGAGGAGGCAGGUGAGCAAGAAGCGUGA